AUGACAAAAAUACAAUUAGGUCUUAUAUGUUUCAUAGCAUUAAAUAUUUUUAUUUUUGUAAAUGCUCAACAACCACAAUACAGGGGAACACCGCAGCGAAAUGCUCCUCUUACAGCUAUUCUUAAACGUUCAAUUGAAUUAAAAUGUGAAUAUACCGGUGCUGAUGGAGAAGGUCAAUUUGUAGAUUGGUAUAGAGAUAAUGAAACUGUAAGCAGUGAGAAGCCUGGACAUUAUGUUGUUAAAAGUACUAAUAAGGAGUCAAUAUUAACCAUUAAAAUUUUUGUUCAAGCCGAUCAUGAGAUAAAAUUUUGGUCUGUACGAACAAAUAAAAAGGGUUUUGAAAAACCACCAGCAUGUCGUUUUAGACAAAUAAUGCUUAACCCAUCACCACAAAGUAUGGAAACAGAAAAUCCAACUGAAAAAUUAGAUGCUCCACAUGCAUCAGUAAGACGUGAUGCUGGUCAAAAAAUUAGCUUUACAUGCAUUAUCCUACCAGCACGUUUAGAAGAGCAGAAAUCGCAAAAAAUAAAAUGGCAAUAUAGUAAAGAUGAACAUUUUACUGCAGAUUCGGUUUUACCUGAAGAUGUUAUACCUGCUAGUAAUACUGAUAAUAAAAUCGAAAUUGAAAACGUUAACAAAAAUCAUCGUGGAUACUAUCGAUGUACGCUUAAUGAUGUGUCAUUCACAGUUUUAUUACGUGUGAAAGAUCGAUAUGCAGCACUUUGGCCAUUUCUUGGUAUUGUUACUGUUGUACUUGCAUUAGUUUUUAUUAUAUUAAUCUUUGAAAAACGUCAAAAAGCAGCAAGAAAAGCAGCAGCAUUAGAGGACGACGAUCAUGAUCAUACAAAAGAUCCACUUGUACGAACGGUAAAUCGAUCAUCAGAUAAUGAAAAUAAAAAACGCGCAAUUAAAACUUAA